CUAAUUGCCAUUUCACGCUGUCGUUGAUAAAGAAAUAGAAAAAUACUUUGCACUGCCGAUAGUGUUCUGUCAUUUUUUCCUCAAUAAUAACAUUUUCACAAUAGUUACAAGACUUUAUAUGAAAAUAUUGUUUUAAAAAAUGUUAACGCGUCUUCUGAAGCACCGAACAUUGGCACGCAGCAUUGGUACACUCGUGGCGCAAGAGCAACAUGCAACACAUUCUUUAAUACGCUCAAACUGGCGUUAUGGAGCACUUCAGCGGCGCAUCGACGCCAGCAGCGUAGCCUUAUUACUACGUUCGAGUACAAUCAGCGCCCGCAAUUAUUGCACUAAUCGCAAAAAAGAUGAGGAAGAGGAGUUGGAAGCUGACUCUACCGAAUACAUAGUGAAUAAGGAUCCGCAGUUGCCGGCAACUGUGGCGGUGCCGGAAGUGUGGCCGCAUUUGCCACUGCUCGCUACGCGACGUAAUCCAGUAUUUCCGCGCUUUAUGAAAAUUCUAGAAGUUUCAAAUCCAAUAGUUAUUGAUUUGAUUAGACGCAAAGUUAAGUUAAAUCAGCCAUAUGUAGGUGUAUUCAUGAAGAAGGACAAUGAUAAUGAGUCGGAAGUGGUGGAAAAAUUGGACGAAGUAUACAAUGUAGGAACAUUUGCACAAAUACAAGAGCUGCAAGAUUUGGGCGAUAAACUACGUAUGGUGGUUGUGGCACACAGACGUAUUAAAAUUACUGGACAAAUUUUAGAGGACCUAAUCCCAACGUCGAAAGAGAAGAAGACGACAAUACAUUUUCCACUCUUUAAUGUAAAAUUGAACAUCCCAGCUGAAGAACAAACUGAAUUGGAACGUCGUAAAUUAGCACGAAAAGCGCGUACGGGUCGCAUGUCCAAACGCGAUGCCAAUCAAGGUGCCAAGGCAACACCUGAGAAAACAGAGGAGGUAAUACCACCAGCAGGAACUGCUGUACCACCUGCGGCAGGAGCAACACAAGAACCUCCAGCAGCUGGCAGUGUGCCUCAACCUGUGCUUAUGGUUGAAGUGGAAAAUGUGAAGCAUGAACAGUACAAACAAACCGAGGAAGUGAAAGCACUAACGCAGGAAGUGAUAAAAACAAUACGGGAUAUCAUUACUAUGAAUCCAUUAUACAGGGAGAGUUUGCAGCAAAUGUUGCACCAAAAUCAACGUGUGGUGGAUAAUCCAGUAUAUCUGUGUGACUUAGGCGCGUCGCUGUCUGCUGCAGAACCCGAAGAGCUGCAAAAGAUCAUGGAGGAAAUGGAUAUACCCAAACGUUUGUUGCUUGCUCUGGCUUUGCUAAAGAAAGAGCUUGAAUUAUCGAAGUUGCAGCAGAAAAUUGGACGUGAAGUUGAGGAGAAGGUAAAGCAACAGCAUCGCAAAUAUAUACUCCAAGAACAGCUUAAAGUGAUUAAAAAAGAAUUGGGCAUAGAAAAAGACGAUAAGGAUGCGAUUGGCGAGAAAUAUCGUGAGAAAUUAAAAGACAAAACCGUGCCUGAGAAUGUUAUGACUGUUAUAGAUGAGGAAUUGAACAAGCUGAAUUUCUUGGAGAGCCAUAGUUCAGAAUUCAACGUUACACGUAACUACUUGGACUGGUUAACUUCGCUGCCAUGGGGUGUUACAAGCACAGAGAACUUGAGUUUAGAACAAGCACAAGAAAUUUUAGACCAUGAUCACUAUGGUAUGGAAGACAUUAAGAAACGUAUUUUGGAAUUUAUUGCUGUGAGCCAUUUGAAAGGCAGCACUCAGGGCAAAAUUCUCUGCUUCCAUGGACCACCUGGUGUGGGCAAAACGAGUAUAGCUCGCUCCAUUGCACGCGCUUUAAACCGUGAAUAUUUCCGCUUCAGCGUUGGCGGCAUGACCGACGUUGCUGAAAUAAAAGGCCACCGGCGCACAUAUGUGGGUGCCAUGCCUGGUAAACUCAUACAAUGUUUAAAGAAGACAAAGACUGAGAAUCCUUUGGUACUUAUCGAUGAAGUGGACAAAAUUGGCAAAGGCUACCAGGGCGAUCCCAGUUCUGCUUUGCUUGAACUUCUCGAUCCCGAACAAAACGCCAAUUUCCUCGAUCAUUACCUUGAUGUACCCGUCGAUCUAUCGCAUGUGCUUUUCAUAUGUACAGCAAACGUUAUCGAUACCAUACCCGAACCUUUGCGCGAUCGUAUGGAACUAAUAGAGAUGUCCGGCUAUGUCGCUGAAGAAAAAAUGGCCAUUGCGCGUCAGUAUCUGAUACCACAAGCGAUGCGCGAUUGCGGUAUUACCGCCGAGCAUAUAGAUAUUGAAGACGACUCGUUGAAAACACUGAUUAGAAGCUAUUGCCGCGAAUCAGGUGUGCGAAAUUUGCAAAAACACAUCGAAAAAAUUGUGCGCAAGGUGGCCUACCGCUUUGUGAAAAAAGAGGGUUCACACUUCACAAUCACCUCCGACAAUCUAACCACGUUCCUCGGCAAACAUAUAUUCUCAUCGGAUCGCAUGUACGAAGAUACACCACCCGGCGUCGUUAUGGGUCUGGCAUGGACCGCUAUGGGUGGCUCCUCGCUGUACAUUGAAACAGCUUCACGCCGAGCUGGCAAACUCAAUAAAGACGAUGACGGCAGCGGUUCAAUACACUUAACGGGUAACCUUGGUACUGUAAUGAAGGAAUCUGCACAAAUUGCGCUAACCGUGGCGCGAAAUUAUCUGCGUACCAAAAACGAAGAUAAUACUUUCUUAGAGAAAGGGCAUAUUCAUUUGCACGUGCCGGAAGGCUCUACACCCAAGGAUGGCCCCAGCGCCGGUGUAACCAUAGUUACAGCGCUAAUAUCAUUGGCAACAAAUCGCCCGGUGCGACAGAAUUUGGCAAUGACGGGUGAGGUGUCGCUCAAAGGCAGAGUACUGCCUGUAGGUGGCAUUAAAGAGAAGACAAUUGCUGCCAAACGCUCAGGUAUCACAUGCAUAAUACUACCCGAAGAAAAUAAGAAAGAUUUUGCUGAAUUACCAUCCUACAUAACCGACGGUAUUGAAGCGCACUUCGCCACAACCUACGAAGAUGUAUAUAAAAUUGCUUUUCCCAAUUAGUUGAUGUUUAAAAAGUGUGUGUCGUAGAAAUGCUAAGCAUUAUACAGAAACACAUAAUAUAAAUUUUCAAUAUAUAUAUAUAUUGUUGUAGGAUUAGUUUCUUGAAAUAUCGCGACGAAACCAACUAGCGAGUAUUAAACAAAUUUUAUUUAAUAAACGGCUUUUUAAGGGUGAAACAUA